GAUGUAAUCGGGAAAAGCCACCGUGCAAAUAUUUCCACCCACCCCAGCACCUGAAGGAUCAGCUUUUGAUAAACGGGCGCAAUCACUUAGCUCUAAAGAAUGCGUUGAUGCAGCAAAUGGGUCUCACAUCAGCUCAGCCACUAGUGCCUGGCCAGGUACCAACAGUGGCGACGAAUCCGUACCUGACCGGUAUGCCGCAGGUUGGCAACACGUACAACCCGUAUUUCGCGCCCAGUCCCAUCAUGCCAGCAAUCAUGGGCCCGGCGGACCCCACUGGAGUUGGUAGCCCGUUGGGCGUGGUGCCGCAGACGGUGGCGAUGCCGCAGAAGAUGCAACGUACAGACCGCCUCGAGGUAUGUCGCGAGUUUCAACGCGGGGCGUGCAAACGCGGCGAGACGGAGUGCCGGUUUGCGCACCCCCUCGAGACGGUGCAGGCGAACGAGGACGGCUCUGUGACGGUCUGCAUGGACGCUGUCAAGGGCCGAUGCAAUCGGAAACCCUGCCGCUAUUUCCACCCCCCUCUGCACCUUCAAGCCCACAUUAAGGCCGCACAAUCUCGGGCUAGCAUUGCGAUGGACAUGAAGUCUGUCGGAUCGUUCUACUACGAGAACUUUGCCUUCCCAGGAAUGGUUCCGUAUAAACGUCCGGCGGGCGACAAGUCCGGCAUGCCGGUCUAUCAGCCUACCGGCGCGACGACCUAUCAACAGUUAAUGCAGCUGCAGCAGCCCUUCGUGCCUGUGUCAUGUGAGUACACUGGAACACCACCCCUACCCACCCAAACCUCUAACCAAUCGGUCGUGCAACCCCCGAACGUGCAAAGCAACCACCACGCGGUGGUGGUUCAGUCCUCCUCCUCCUCCCAGGGAACCGGCGGCGCCACAGUCAAUAACUGCGCCGACGCCAACAAUGGCGUGCUGAUGGAUCCCUGCAACAACCCACCGCCACCACCUCCAACCGCCGACAAUAACAGUAACAAUAGUAACGGCAAUAACAAGCAGCCGAAUGCCACGCAGAAUCACGAUGCCGAAAACACGCAUAACUCCCCCGAAUUGAAUCACGCAAGUCCUACGACAAUUUCGCAGCAACAGCAGCAGCAGCAUCAUCAACAGACCCAGCAUCAACAGCAACAGGCGCAACACCAGCAGCAGCAGCAACAGCAGCAGCAUCAACACCAGUUACAACAACAACAAGCACAUCAACAGCAUCAACAGCAACAAAUACAAAACCAGUUGGCGUUAUCCGCUGCUUCCGUGCAGCCCGCGAUGAGCCCGUUGACUUCUGUUGCCGGUCUGACUUCGAUGCCAGGCGUGGUUAACAUGGUCUCAAUGGCUUCCAUGACGAACGUGCCGUCGAUCACGAACAUGGCAUCGAUGUCGAACUACAACGCCUCGAACAUGGCCAGUCUGAACAUGCUGAACAGCCUUGGUAUGGCUUCCGGGCUACCUACGCCCCUCGACCCAGCUGCCCUCGCGAAAGAGGUCGCCCAGAAGAACUACGCGAAAGCCAUCAAACUCUCGCAGGUCUCCCAGUCGUACGGUAUUAAUCAACUCACUGCUCUUAACUACACCGGCGUAGCCUUGAAUAAGCAGGCCCUGGUGAACCCGGCUGCCGCCGCUGCGGCAGCUGGAGCUCCGACAGUUGCUGGCUUGCCAGCGACAGCUGCGACACCUAGGCCACUGAUUCCGAACCUAGCUGGGAUUCCUGGCGCCCUGGCCUCGCCUCUUCCCGCUGGAAUUCUUGCCUAUUCCAGGCCUCCGGCCGGUACUCACAUCAAUCCUUACUCGUUGAUGAGACAACAAAUCCUACCAAAUCCGUAUGUUCAGGCCUCGAUACCGACCGUUCCUGGCGCCGCGGCCGCGGUCCAAGGUAGUCACUAUGUCCAGAAUCCUUACACAGUGUUGCCCGGUGUCGCCAGCGUGCCUGGAGUCGCAGCUGGUGUCGCAGGCCCCGGUGUACCGGGUGUCCCGCAGAUACCGCAGAUUCCGAAUCCGGCGACGAUCGCGGCACAACCGCAGGUAGCCAUUCCGGUCAGCUCCGGCGUGAUAAUGCAGCCAUACAAAAAGAUGAAGACUUCGUAA